AUGCGCUCGUGCCACCUGCCACUGGAGACGCUCGUCCUGAGGAGACGCAGAGGCGACCAACGCAGAGUGGAUCUCGGUGCACUCCGGCCUCUCGCCCGCUCCUCCUCGCUUCACCACGAGGACGGGUUUUCUAGUAUUCUACUGAAGCUUGAUAAUGGAGGCAGGUCAUUUGACUUCCUGUUCAAAACCACAGGACUAGCCCGUCUGACGGUUUAUGACACACACUCUCUGCCCACGUGA